UCUUCAUGUGAAUACAGCCCACCUGUAGACCCCUUUAGCCUAUCUCUUUUAAACCUGAGUGUUUAAUAUAGCUGUGUGCCGUUUAGGACGUAGCCCGUUGGUCUACUCUCCCCCCACACCGGCGUUUUCCGUGGCACGACGGAGAAGCAAAACAUGGUCAUCAUCAUCAUCAUCACCGGCAGCAGCAACAGCAGCAGCACGAGCAGCUUGAUCUCCGUCGCACCCGAAGCCCCCGACCCGUCUUCCAAAAAUAAUCCCCUGCCGCCAUGCGCGCGACGGAAGCGAAACGAGGCGAGCGGUAUUUUUAGGGCCGUUCGCGUUGACCACGUGCGCCGACGGUAAACCGGUCGGCCGUUGCCGUUGCGCAGAAGCAGCGCCUCGACGGCAUGCCCCGGCGCGAGAGCAGCGCGCGCCACACGAGCACGGCGACGGCGCGGACGGCGAUCGUUCUGCUGGGCUUUCUGCUCGGGGUCGCGUCCUCGCGCAGGACCCACGCUACGACGCUCGAGGCAAGGUGGGAAAGGCUGUUCGCGCGCUCCGUGCUCGGGAUCUCGGGGGACAACGACUAUUUGAUGGGUGUCAAGAGAGUGCGGAGGCUGUACUGCAACGUGGGCAUCGGGUUUCACCUGCAGGUGCUGCCAGACGGAAGGAUAAACGGUGUACAUGACGAGAACCAGUACAGUCUAAUAGAGAUCUCAGCGGUGGAGAGAGGAGUGGUGAGUCUGUAUGGGCUGAAAAGUGAGCUGUUUGUCGCAAUGAACCGCCGGGGAAGGUUAUACGCAACGAGAGUCUUCCGGGAUGAGUGCAAGUUCAAAGAGACAUUGCUUCCUAACAACUACAACGCCUAUGAGUCUUCCAUUUAUAAGGGCUUCUACCUUGCCCUGAGCAAACAUGGCCGCCUGAAGAGAGGCUCCAAGGCCACGCCGGCUAUGACUGUCACGCACUUCCUCCCUCGAUUAUGAGCGAGACUGGCAAUAACUCACUCUUUUUGCACAUGUUGGACAUUCUCGCAGGUAACUUAUAUAUACGUACAAGGCACGGAAAAUGAACUGCAAUCAAAAGAUAUAAAACACGUAAUUAUAGUAUUUAUUCUCGUUAAUGAAAUAUAUGUAUAUAUGGGUAGCUGUGUGUCUGAUCUUUGUGUACAUGCCAUUCUUUGCUGCUUAUCAUUUCUAUUAAGAUUAUACGAGGGACAAGGAGCUUUUUUUUGCCCCCUCUCACUUUUUAUGGGUGCUUGCCAUAACUGGUGUGUAAACCUUACCCUGUCAUUGGUAUGACUAACAUCUCCAGCUUUCAGAAGUGAAACAGAUACGUUUUAUUACCUCAAAGAGCUACGUCCGGCUUGGAAAGGUGUGAGCGUGUCACACAUGGGACAUAGAAAUGUUUUAACUGUUUAAUGUUGAUUUUAUUCUGUUCCACCAUUUUGCAAGAAAGAAAACGGCCUACGGGAUCGCCGCCUUUCUUGCAUGGUGGUGCCUUUGCGUCCUAAACUGUGGCAUUGUUUUAAAAUUGUGCAUGUUCGCAUCCUGCUGUAACAGAGUUGAGCCACUCUGGGGGCUUCAGCCCAAUUCCUAGAGGGCUGUGAGUAGCUUUAUUUCAUUCUGUUUCCUUACUUAGAUCAGCUAGAUAUCAGAGAAUCUGGGACUUGCCAGAAAUAAGAGCAGCUUGCAUGCAUUUGUAUUGGAGACUCAAGCUGAGGAAGAUCCUUUAAUCCUUCUUGUCACUGGAGGCUUUUUUAUUUGAACUUGAACUGUAGCAUGGCCAGACAACCUCAGAACUACUCAUCAUCUGUUUAUGAAAUAUAGAGUGAAAAGAAAAAUGGGUUGAUUUUAGGAUUUGGGUUUUAUUAGUAGUUUGUUUGGAUACUUUGCUCAUUUAACAAGUAUGUGAAAAGCGAAUACAUUUACAGCAUUAGGUAGACACCAUUAUCCAGAGCGAAUAUCUCAGGCUACAAAAUUUGAGCAUUUUUGCCAUUGAUUAAUUUAUUAUUUUGGCUCCUUGUUGUCAAUUUUGAAUGUGUAUCACUUUAAGACAGCAGGCCUGAGCUCAAGGGUGGACAAAUCAUACUGUACAUCGUUAGACUAGCCUACGGGCAACUCUAAGCUAGGCUACAAAGUAUCACGCAAUGUCAUUUCAUUUGAGAGUAUGAAGAAAUAAUUAUGUGAAUGAAUACAGACUUUGGAACUAAGUGAGAAUUUGAAUGAUUCUAGGUAACUCUUUAUCUUGUGACCAACCAUAUUGCUUGCACAGUUUAGCUAUUACUUGUAGUGUUCUGUCAUUGUCUGGCAAAAUGUCUGGCAUCCUUGUUUUUGUGAAACAAAUGCACAUUAGUCUACUAGAGGUAUAUAAUGUUUUUUUAAUCUGCACCCUUGAUUAUCUGUCUAGCCUUUGUACAUCCCAAAAACACAGCUGCAGGACAGUUAAAGCAGACAGUUGCUUGGAGCCUCGUGUUUUCAUUGAGUCUCCAUGAAGGCCUGAUAUUCUACAGCAAAACAUCAGCUGGCUAAAUUGAAACCCUUAUUUUUAUUUUAUUGUGCUUAUCAGAAUAAGGAAAGCUUGGAAGCCAGUAAACACACAACAAACAAGAAGAAACUAAGAGGAAGCAAGAAUUAUUAAGCUAGCAAAAAUUAUUAAGCUUGAAAGAUGUAGGCUACAAUAAUGUAAUGCCAGGGCAAACAUCAGACAUCUAGCUAAGCGAUUGGUGCUCGGUUUGGAGAAUACAAUUUUAUUUAUCUGACUAGCUUUUUUGGUUGGAUUUUUUAUGUUGCUCAAAUCAGUAUGGUUGCUUUGAUUAUUUAAAGAAUAUCCAGAGUAUAAAACCCAAGAUUUUACCAAAGAUAACUGUUGUAGCCGGCGUACUGUACAUUAUUGCCUAGCUACUGUAUAUGAUCUAGCACUAUAUUUAGCAUGCAUAAUACAACAUUAAGACUUCCGCACAGAUGUUAUCUAGUUGGCUCAUUGAUUUGAUUAUUAAUAAAGGCAUCUGGGGUAACAAUGUGGCAAUAAAAAUGAAAAAAUUCCAAGAGGGCCACUUUAAUUUUCCCACCUGGGGCCCUGACUAGGAUUCAGAAAAGAAUCACACAUCUCCAACACAGGUUUUUCUCAUAGUUAAAAGGGAGUAGAUGAAACAAUGAAAAACCUGCAUAAAUGAUUAUUAAACUGCUUAUAACUAUUAGCUAUUAAUAGUCGACGACACUGUAAAUGUUUAUAAUGUUUUUAGAGUUGAUCAUCAGUAUUACAUAGAAUAGAACAGUGCUAUAGAAUAUAUAGAAUAUAGAGGCUGCUUGUCUGGCUGCCAACUGCUAAUGAAACACUGAUAUUGUGCAUCUGUUAUCUGCUAGUGAUUUGUCCACCCCUGAUGCAGGUUUUCUUCCAAAACUAUUUUUUGAGUUGCCAGCGAAAUGUCAAGCUUAACCGAAACCUAUUCUGAAACAGUAAAACUAGUCGGGAUGUCACUUUAAGAUUUUAUUUCCUAUCUGCUUAUCUGUUUCAACACUAGGCACUUACACAAAGAGAGAAGAAGAGUGCUGACAGCUUAAGAAAGUUGGUCAGCACAAUUCACGCUUCACUGAAUCCAAUCAUUCUAAUGGCUUCCGAGUUGAAGUUCGUUGAGGGUAUUAGAGUAGUUAAACUCGGAAUAUAUUUUUAGAACCCCUUCCCCCCAAGCCGUCUCAUACACACACACACACGUUACGCAAUCCGAUUUAAAAUAGUAGCCCUCCACCUCCUCUGGAAUACGCUACAUAAAUAAAACUAAGGCAAAAGUUGGGUGGGAAAAGACAAACAACUAUGGUACCGGUUUAAAUUCUCUGAUUGUGACUCAUUAAUGUAGCAUGUAAGAUACGUCUGCACAAGCCAGAAAGGGCUUUCUGAUCUGCGUGGCAUCUGCAAUGUGUUUGAGAUUGUUGGGUUCUUCUACUGCGGCUCUGCAGAGAACAGAUCGUCUUACAUGGCAUAAGGAACCAGAUGGCUUUGUCUCAUUUUGCCCUCUCUGGCACUGGGGCGCAGGAAUGGCGUAGCUUUAGGGGUGGGCGAUGUAGCAAAAAUAUCAUAUCAUAACAUUUAAAGUAUAUUUUGAGAUGGAGUGGCAGUAUAUCAUGAUAUUUAAGUUCGGUGACAGUGGCAGCAAAACUACAACAACAACAACAACAACAACAAUGUGGCAGUUACCAUAGGAGAAAAAGGAGAAAAUUUAAACUUAGGGUUUAGCCAUUA